CUGGUAGCGAGCGAGGUAGCGACCACCACCAGCGCUGCCAUAGCCGCCGCCGCUGCCGCCACUGCUGUUUCCUUCUCCUCCUUCUCUUCUCCUCUCGACUUGGCUUUUCCUGCUGAUGCUGCUGCUGCUCUCGCCUCUUCCUUAAUUCAGUCGAACAAGCGCCGUCCUAGCAGAGAGAGCCGCUCUCUUCCUCUCGCUAGCGCCAAAGCUCUCUUCGCCAUGCCACAGGCGCCUCGCGUUCGCACAACCGAUCUUUCUACUCGGGAGUGUCCCUCUAUUAAGCAACAGCGUGGAUAAACUUGUUACUCGGCUGUGUGAUAUAUUCCCUCUCUCUUUAUCUCGCUCUCAGACACAGCAGUAUACGAUAUAGAGUGAUCCUGUGCCGCUGCUGCCGCCGAGUGUCGCUGGAGAUCGGCGAUCGGUAGAGGGAGAGAAGAGACAUCAACUACGCCUCGCAAUCGAUCGUCGACAGGACGACUGGAGAAGGCCGAUCUUAUAAUAUAAGUGGAUAGUCCGGCCACGAGCAAGAUGGCCAGGCUCGCCUCGAGCGGUAUCGUCCAGUGCCUGGGCCUCGCCGCGCUUUCGCUGCUCAUGACUGCGAGCUGGAGCUACGGCUGCAAUGAGGCCAUCUGCGCGAGCGUGGUGAGCAAGUGCAUGCUAACCCAGAGCUGCAAGUGCGACCUCGUCACCUGCACCUGCUGCAAGGAAUGUUUCUCCUGUCUCUCAUACCUCUACGACGAGUGCUGCUCCUGCGUUGAUCUCUGCCCGAAACCCAACGUCACGGACAACCCGCUGAGCAAAAAGUCCCACGUCGAGGACUUUAACGAGCCUGUGCCCGGCCUCUUCCAGGCCCUCACGGCCGAGCCCGACCCUCACGAGCGAUGGCUCACCUUCAGCUAUCCCGUCGACUUCAACGUCACCUUCUUCUCUCCCAAACCUGAAAAAGAGAUAAAGUAUCGAAUUUCGGAGGGGCCGGACGACGAGAAGAACCAUCCGCUUAAGCCCAACGUCAUGACGGUCAACUGUACGGUAGCCUACAUGGCGCAGUGCAACUCUUGGAACAAGUGCAAGCAAUCGUGCCAGAGUAUGGGCGCCUCUAGCUACCGAUGGUUCCAUGACGGCUGCUGCGAGUGCGUUGGAGACACGUGCAUAAACUACGGCAUCAACGAGUCCAGGUGUCUGCACUGCCCGCUUGAUAAGGAGGACGACCUUAAGGACCAGUACGACGACUACGGGCAAGACGACGACGAGCUCAUCGAGGACCAAAUCGAUUGAUCCACGUGCUCACAGUUCUGAUCUACUUUUCUCUCUUCUUUACAUGCAUUCUUAAUUGUACAAUUUCCACUGUGAAUCCGACACUUGUUUUUCCGACGCCGGCAAAGAUUUUUUUUCUAGUCACCACUGAUGGAGCACAAAUUUUUACCCCGAACUCUGCUGGAUUUCGCCUUAUAAUGCAGCACGUGCAUUAGAUUUUAUCCUCAAACAUUUGUAUUUGUCCAAGAUGUAUUUCUUUUUUAAUUUAUAACAAGGAGAUUGUGCAUGUCUGUCAUAGUCUUAGUAAGUUAAUUCGACGUAAUUUAGUUGUUAUCUUUAAGAAGUACUCUUAAGUUUGUUUUACAAGUAGAUCAAAGUACUUUGUAAUACUUAUUAUAUAAUUUACACGAUUGUCAUCACUGUAUUGUGCCAUACGGAUCAACAAAUUGUACAUAGAAAUUUAUUGCCAUGCGACAUCAAAUUCUUCGUUUUAUCUACCAAGACAGACGACGCAAGGAUAAUAAUUUUUAAUUUUUUAUUCAGACAUUUUUUGUAUAUGAAAACAUAAACGUACAUUAAACGCUAUACUCAUGUAUAUUCACCAUUA